UUUAAAACACAUAUGACGUGCAGUCAGGUGGAGAGAAAAUCCUUCAGACCGAGGGAGCGAUGUCGCGGAGCUUUGGCGGACCUUCGUGCUGAGAAAGUAAUCCGGUUUUUAAACGGAAACAGUAUCCAAAAUGACAUUAUAAUAGUCAUUUACUACAUUAGAGCGCGCGCGACAGUCAGUAGGUAAUAUCUGUGAGGUGAGGGGGGUGUGUGUUUAUUUUUGCUUUUAGAGAGCUUGACAUGACCGAGGAGCGUCUUUUGGAUAAAUGAAGACGUUUUGUGGUUUCCGGAGGCUCAGAUUCUGACAGGACUUAGUGCUGUUUGAGGAGUGAUGCUGCGGCUCUUGCUCCUUUUACUUUACUGGUGGAGCCAUGCUGGAGCUUCCCCAGAGUCCUCACACUCUGCAGCCCAUACAGGAGAUAACCCAAGGCCAUACAUAUAUUACUGCCGUUCUCCGAACAUGGAAACCUUUACUUGCUGGUGGCAUCCCCUUGACAACAGUCUCCAGGGAGAUGACAACAUCACCUACAGGCUCAUCUACACCCUUGGUAACGGGCCUCCCACAGAGUGUCCGGACUAUGUGAGUGGCGGGCCGAACAGCUGUUACUUUGACACGGAGCACACAGUGAUUUGGGAGGUGUACUGUAUGAACGUUACAGCACACACCAGCAGCGGUUCCUUCACCUCUAAGGAGCACUGUUUGGACGUGGCUGAAAUUGUCAAGAUUGAUCCACCUUUUAACCUCACGUACACUUUAAUGAACAUGACCAAGUAUGAAGCGGGUCAAACCGUACUGGUGUCCUGGCAGUACCCCAUCGCCCAACAUGUCCAAAUCGGUUGGAUUACACUCAUCUACGAGCUCCGUUACACACUUGCAACUGAGCCCAAUAACUGGAAGGUCAAGGAGCGGCUGCGUGAACCUCAUCUGGAGCUUCUAGGUUUGCCAGUGGGGAGGUAUGAGGUCCAAGUGCGCUGCCGCUCAAAAAACAACCACCUGUGGAGCAAGUGGAGCUCCCCAAUUACCAUCGUCAUUCCUUCUGGACACCUGCCUGAUCACAUGUUGUAUGUUCUUAUACUAAUGGCUAUCACUGUAGUCAUAAUGCUCAUAAUUGGACUUGGGGUCAUUCCACAAAGCAAGAGGAUAAAAGCUUUUCUCCUGCCACCUGUCCCCAAACCCUGCAUCAGAGGAAUCGAUCCCAUGUUUCUGAAGAAAGGCAAGAUGGAUGAAAUAAAUCGUCACUUUUCCUCCCUGCAAGGCUACAAGGCACCACACUACUGCGGGGAGUCGGUGUACCAGGUCAGCUUGGAUGAAGGUGUCUCAUUAUCUGAGAUGAGCUCUAUGUCUAGCAUCCAGGAGGAUCAGGAGCCACAAGGCAUACAGAGCCCUGACUGCACUGAAGACCAACAGCUGCUUCACACCCCAGAUAGCCCUAAUUCUUUCUGCCCGAACCCCUCCUACUGUAGCAACAAGUCUACGGGGGCGACCAUGACCCCUGAGAACCCUUUGUGGGCUUGGCCGGCGAAAAGCAACAUGCAGCCGGAGCUGGUCUCAUUCGUAGGUACCGAGUACAACAUGAUCGUAAAGCCCACCGUUACAAGUACCAGUGCUCUGCCCACCGCUCAGGAAUUCUACACCUGUGUGCAUAGAGUAACCACCAAUGAGAUGGUGCAGCUGGUGCCCUGCAUGUCACAUUCACACAAAGGCUCCCCCUAUUUUGAGCUAAAUGUUAAGUCAGAGGAGGACAAAAAGAAGCUCAGACAAUUAGCAGCAUACUUGGAGAAACGGGUGGAGGUUCAAGCCAAUGAUGUUGGGUUUUGCCCAGGAGUGGAGGAGCAGAUUGAGGUCACGGUAGCUCCGGAGACAAUCCCAGCAACCCUGUGCGCAAGGUGGGAGAAUUCACCCCGGAUUGGACACGAGUCUAUAUCAGGGCACCGCUAAGACACGUUCACACCUAGGAGGAAUUCAGGAUCAAACCCUGCAGCUGUGAGGCAGCGGUGCUGUUCUCUACCCUGAAGACGAUCAUAAAAGUUUGGCGUACUUUUUAUGUUUAAUUCACACUAAAGUACCGCCAGCUCACUGUGACAAUCCUCAUAUUUCCAGUAAACUAACAAAAAAAAAUAAAUAAUUCAUCCAGGCAAAGCGCUCAUGAACGUGGUUUCAGUUUUGGCUAAAUCAAGCCUUCUUUUCUGUUCACCACCACUUUUUUUGAUUGUACAUGUUGGGAGGCCUAGUUAUCAUUGGGAUUGUUCUUAUUGUUGUACAGUAUGUAACAUCUUCUGUUUCCAAUCAUCUAUUUCUAGUGAAGUAUCUGAAUAGAUUUCCUGUAAAGGGGACAAGUGCAAGGGAUUUUCUUAGGCUUUGGAAGGAGCACGGUUGUAUCUCAGGGUGCCAAAUGAGAAUUUUCAAACACUGGAGACACACCAAAGAGCCGAGGAGCAUACUCGGAGAGUAGAGAGGCACACGACAGGAAGUGAUUCUACAUAAUAAGAUCUCAGUGUCA